CUCUCUCGCCCUCCCUGCGUCGUGAAUCGUAUUGCGUCGCGCGCUCUCCGUCUGUCUGGCUAACCGUCCGUCCGUCCGGUUCCCCCCCUCCUCCUCCUUUCUCUCUUUCUCCCGUCUCUGUUCCUCCGCGCGUGCGUGUGAAGGGGUGCGCGCGUGAGGGUCGGUGUUUAUUCGCGACGCGUAUGAGAGAGAGAGAGAGCACGCGCGCGCGCGCGCGCAAUCGUGUGUAUACACGUCACCGUCGUGGACCACGCAGUAAAUUGUGUUAUUCGGAGAGACAAACAGGUGCAGGAGGAGGGCUCGCUCGCACAAACGGCCGCACCUCGUGGCGUUGACGCAGGCUGACGACGCGACGGCUCGCAUCGGUCGCGUAGCUCCGGCCGACGUCUCUGUCCCCGCGGUCCACACGCACCGCACGUCUCCUUCCCCUUGAUCGCGAGCGCGCGCGAAUUACUUGCUCGCGCGUGGAAUGCGCGAGCGGCGGUGGCACUUAGUCUAGAGCCACGUUCGAAGCCUCGGCGCGCGCCCGAGAGACGCGGGUCUGAGAUCGGUGGCGGGCGAAAUUAGACGGAACCGCGUGACAGGUGGAUUCGAGGCGUGCCGAGACGCAGAGAGAGAGAGAGAGAGAGAGAACGGCAGUAAGAAAGGAAGAAGAGGAGAAGAAGGAGUGAGGAGAGACGGGGAGCGAAGCGAGAGUGCCGUCGCACACAACAUCUCGGAGUCGGCGGGUGCGAUCGCGCGGAAUCUUCCCCUACUUGGUUCCGCCGUGUUGAACGCGAGGGAGCGAGUGAAAAAAAAGGCGAGGGGGUGGGCGAGCGUGAGAUCGCGAACGCGUUCAUCGGUCCCCGCGGUCUGUCAUCGUCCGUGAUUGUGCGUCUCGUGGCUGGCCAUGGCUCGCCAUUGUUAUUGUUGUCGUUCCUCCUAACCUACGAGAAGUAGGUGGACGUCCGCCGCGACUGCCGCCGUGAGAGGAAAAGAGAGGGACUCGACGCGACGCAGCAGCAGCAGCAAGCAGCACACCCUCGGAUCUCGUCGAGGGGAACGCUGUGCAUAUGCAACCUGGCUGACGCGGUGCGGUUGCUCGCGCGCAUCGCCGUGUUAUAUUUACGUCUCGAAAACGUGCUCCCGCGCCGUUAUACGAGAGGCGCGCUCGCUUCGCUCGCGAUAUCGUUUCCGCCGUGACUGUCAAUGUGCGACGGAUCUGAGCGCGCGAUAAGAGCCCGUCGACGACGAGGACGUUUCCCCGCAUUCGGAGGGCAAGCAUAUCGUGGCGCGCUGAAAGGCGCAGUUCGCUGACACGUUGACGGCCGCGUUGUUGUUAUGCCCGCGAAAGUGCGCGGAUCGCGCUCCACCAAGGCGAUCGAGCGGCGACGUUAAAUGACGUUAAUCGGGAGGAGGAGAGAGACUGGAGAUAUAUCUAUUAUUUAUUAAGAGAUUGAUUGAUCGAUCUGAUCGAUUGAAGCUUUCAUUAUCGGUCUAGGCGUAUGCCCUCACUCUCGUAAGAACGUUCCGGCGGUAAACAAAAAUAAUACGCUGAAACUAAAACAAUUUAAACGUCGAAGAGAAACGAGUGCUGUGUGUGGAGUGAUCGACGCGAAGGAAGCGUAAGUAAAACUCGAAAACGAUACGAUUAACGAAGAGAUCGGAAAAAGAAGAAUACAAAAAGGAAAGAGAGAGAGAAGAGGAUAGUGUGUCGGAAUCCUUUUCUCCGCCACAAUGAACUUCUGCGCCGUUGUGCGUCACGCGGUCUUUCGCUGAGGACGAGGCGCACGUGUGACGACGUGCUCUCGGUGCGUUCCGCGAAACGCGCACGUCGACUCGCAUGCUCGAGGAGAAAGGAUACGGUAGGCAGCGGGAAGCGCGAGCGGGGACGAUAAUAGCCGGGAUACCAUGUGAAUGAUACGGAGAACGCGAAGGGCCCAAACUCUCGUCCUCGUGGGAUUCGUUCGUAAUCGUGCGACAACGACGACGACGACGACGAUCUUCUCGAUCGUCAUCCCGACGAUGUCCUCGGGCAGGGGCCCGGCGUCGCCCUCGGGCGGGCCCGUGAUCCGCUGCGGCCACCUGAAGAAGCUCAAGACGAUGAAGAAGAAGUACUUCGUGCUGCGCGGCGAGGGACCUGGCUGCUACGCCUGCCUCGAGUAUUACGACAGCAAGAAGAAAUUCGAGAACAGGCAGCUGCCGAAGCGCAGAAUACUGCUGCACAGCUGCUUCAACAUCAACAAGCGCGGCGACACCAAGUACAAGCACGUGAUCGCGCUCUACACCAAGGACGAGUGCUUCUGCCUGAUCCUCGACAGCGAGAAGGAGCUGGACGAGUGGCUCAAGGCGAUGCUGAGGCUACAGAGCGGGGACGUGCCCGACGGGGAACAGCCGCGGCCUACAUUCGAACACGUGUGGCAAGUUACAAUGCAAAAAAGAGGUCUAGGGGCACGAAAGAACAUCCACGGACCCUACAGAUUAUGCCUCACCGAUCAAACUUUAAGUUUAGUGAAGAUUGGAGCACAGGAUAACUCUGAUUCUAUCGAGAUUUCUCUAAAUUAUAUUAGACGAUGUGGAUUUGCGAAUGAUAUAUUCUACAUAGAAGUUGGCCGAUCCGCCGUAACCGGAGAUGGUGAAUUUUGGAUGGCUGUCGAAGAUAACAAUAUCGCGCUCAACAUGUACGAUGUAAUAACGACUGCGAUGAGGAAUUCGAAAAGUAACAAAGACGAAGUUGGGCCUCGCCAGAGAACACGUAGUUCCUCCGCCAACGAAGCCAGCAAACCUAUAUCCGUUCUCCAAAGACGGCAUACGGGUCAAAAGCUUCAUGGCUUUUCACCCUUGGAGGAACAGAAGAUAUACAAGGAGCAAGUGGAACCACUGCAAGAGCAGACUGCUACUUCCUCUGUUCUCACACAGUGUAGUCAAUCUCGGAAUACCUCCUCCACCAAUACAGUCACGGUUGCUGGUACCGGGGCUUGGACUACUGGGAUUGCCACGACUAAUGCCAACAGUGCCGGUACCGCUAGACGUCGUCAUUCGGUAGCGAGUCAUCCUCAUUCCGUCAAUAAUUCCCAAUCCGUUCACAAUGUCACAACAGCAACAAAUGCAACUAUGACUACCACUACUGUCACUACCACUACCAUUACUGCAACCACCACUACCAUCACCACCACCAUUACUGCGACCGUCACCGCGACGAUCACUACAACCACAACCGCGACAAUAUCCCAUCAGAGAACCUUGUCGCUGCCCUUAGCUGCCGUUAUUAUCAAUCAAACGCAACCAUCUAAAAGAUCCGUUUUACGGUGUGCUACCGGGCGCGAUCGAUGCGACAGUUUGCCGUCGAGAGCUCGCACUACCAGCGAGGGACAACCGACUACGGUUGUGUUAAGUCAUCCUAGAGGAGCCCAUAUUAUGUCGCAUGUUCCACGACCGCAUUCUAUGUGUGGCCGAGGCCUCUCAUAUUCUCCACCAAUCGCGUCGAUGCCUAUUAGUCCAUCUUCCGAUGUCUGUUCGUCGGAUUCAGCUGGAUCGUCACCCUCGAUGGAUGAUUGUGGUGAGAAUAUUAUGGAAGAAAGCACUGUCUCGAGGUACGGGCAUUCCUUGACACCUGAUGAGCCUGUAAUCUUAGACAAGAAAGGUGACGACUAUGCCCUGUGGUCGACGUCGCAUCCACAUUUGAAAUACUCGCCAAACUUUAAAUCUCAUUCGCCCUCUCAGAGUUCCUACCAGAGUGAAAUGUACAGCCCCUGCGGGUCGAGUCCAGGCCGUGGAGGCGUAUAUAUGCCCAUGAGCCCGGCGACAACGGCCCAUUCGCAUUCCCGUGGAUCAUCCCUUGUAGAGGAAAGCAACGUGGAUGGCUACGUACCAAUGGCACCAGUUGGAGAUGACGGUUACGUCGAUAUGGAUCCUGUAAAUACUCACAACGGUCACUUUCCGGACGAUAUGUCGCAGAACGAUGGCAGUAGCUGUUCUGUUACAUCAGGCACGCCUAGUACAGAUCUGCGAUUUUCUGAGUAUCAUUUAGACAAGGUAACCAGCUUUUUAACACCCGGGGAAGAUCUGCAAGCGAGACCAACCAGAGCUUACUCCGUUGGAUCGAGGCCGGAACAAGCCAAUAGGCAUCGCAAAAACAGGUUGGACAUCACUCCGCAAGACGCCAACAGAGUACGAGCAUUUUCCGUAGGUAGUCGGUCUAAGAGGCCCGAGAUCGGAAGGCUAGCUAAUGUAAUUACUGCGCCGUUACCAGCUGGUUCGGAAACCUCGAAUUCAAAGUCAAGUUCCGCGCCGUUGCUAUCGAGCUCUUGGGGACACAAUUCUGGUUGUUCCGGAGCAUCCGAUCGCAUGGAGGAUCUCAUGGAAUUGGAUUUCACGAGGCCCAGUAUUCCAACCGCUCUCUCUUCGCCUCCGUUAUCAUGUUCCCAACCUCAGUCGCAACCGCAAUUGUACUCUACUUAUUCUACUGCCACCGACACUAGUUCCUACGUUGACAUGUCGCCCGGACAAGCUCCCAUAUCGACCACUGCCCCAUACGUCGAUAUGAGUGGCAUAAAUAAGAUCAAUCGCAAUAACAAUAAUAAUACAAUCACUGCCAACCACAAUCAUAGCCACAUGCAUAUAUCAUCGCUAACUUUCGCUCAUAAACCUGUAAUUACAACUUUAAAACCGGUAGAAGAAGCGGAGGGACCUUAUAUGAAAAUGGAUGGUACGAUAGAAAUAGAUUGGACACAUUCGGAAGCGAGCCCGAAACAAUUGUCAUCGCCUAUUCAAGAGGAUACCUAUCAAACAAAUGGACCACCAGGUAGCACAAGAACUGCACCCGUAGAUCUUCCUCAACCGAGGCGUCCCCCGGAGGGCUACGUCGAGAUGUCUUUUAAAGCACGGCCGAGUUUAGAACAAGACUACAUAAAUAUGAGUAUGGGUGGGAACAAUCGAAACAAUCGUAAAACACGAACAGGCAAUCGCAAAGAAAAAUCGCGAUCGCAACCAAUCGCGAUUCAGGCGGGCAGCAAACCAUCUAAAACUCCAAAUUUUCUACCUUUGAACGGAAGUCCGACAUCCGAGAGUUUGGCGAGCACGCCUGCCUCUCCGCCGCGAGCAACGCCAACAGGUUCAUCGGCCACGAUUUUUCCCUUUUCUCUGAAUAGUCCUCAGUCACCCGUGAAACCUUUCACGAAGAAAAACGAUGAUUUCUCCACGACAGAAGGAGAUUUUUCUGACCAAAAUAAGAACAAUGAAUACGCGGUGAUGGAACCCGCAAAGAAGGUUUACACGUCGUGUUCUACCCCAUUGACGGAGAUGAUAUCCUCGUCGAAGGCGAAUAGCGAGAAGCCACCUAGUCCUGUAGAGAAGAAUGUUCGAGUCAUAUUAAAGUCUUCGUCAUCGCAAGAACACGGUAAGCCCAUUAACGUAAUAACGAAAAAACUGUCGGAUAUAACGGUGUCGAAACCGCGUCUCGUCACGGCCUCGCCGAACACCAGUCCUACCCUGACGGGUUUCAAGCCGUCGACCGCGCAACAGCCGAAGCCAUCCUCGCCAAAGUUCAUCGACGAGACUCCCACGCCUACGCCCACAUCUACACCCACGCCCACGCCAAGUCCGUUGGACAGUGAGGGUUACGAGAAGCUUCAACCGGGCGCGACAAUACUACAUUACGCUAGUCUCGAUCUGCCGGAGGUCGAUAAUCCAGCACCCGUAUCACCGGCGUCCACGCAGGAGAAUUUCACCUACGCCGAGAUCGACUUCGCAAAACUCAAGCAGACCUAAAAUAUGCGCUGUCCUGAAUACGCAUAUUUUGCCAGCCCCGUGUCGCGUACAAGGCUGUGCGUGAUGGAGUGGUUUGGCUGACGCCUCUUGUGUUCCCCACGAUAGCAACGAGUAGGCAGGGUAUAAUCGAUCGUUCUGACAUUGGCUCUGCUGGUCUAACGAACAAGGCGCCGGGUAGGAACUCUGUAUAUAUAAUUCAUUUCUUUUUCUCUCCAGCCUAAUGGCAUUAUACCGCUUGCCGAUCUUUCUGAUAGAUUGGCAGCCUAUUUUAAAUUGUUUGAGAAAUAAGCAUCGUUGGUACCUAUAGUUCUGGUUGUACUGCAUUAAUAUCGUAUUUUAUCAGAAUGAUGUGAAAUUUUUUAAUAUAGGCGAAAUAUACUUUUUUCUCGCUGAUUCCGAAGAGAGUCCUCAAAUCUGUCCACAUAUACGCUAUUUCUAAUAUUUAAACGAUCGGUAAUUUAACGGAAAAGAGCAAACUACGAAAACGUUAUCUUUUAUUUUUAGUUAAAAUAAUGUAUUUGUAUAAUUGGGGUUAGAGUAGAAGGAAUUUUUUGAUAUUAGAAUAUAUCAUCUAGUUAAAUGAGAGUCGCUUGUAAAAAUGUAUAAAUCUUUUAUAUUUUAAUUUUGUUAGUGGAUUUGCGUGUUAUCUCUCAAAAUUGAUUUUGUUUUGUAUUAUAUUUCCAGAUGCUGACAAGCCAAAUAUGUAUAAGUCAAUUCUUUUGAGAUAUAUAUAGAUAC